AUGAGUCUCUGCUUGAAUCGCUUGACUGAGGAGAGAAAGCAGUGGAGAAAGGACCAUCCUUUCGGCUUCUAUGCCAAACCCAACCGUAACGCUCAAGGAGUUCUUGACAUGAAGAACUGGGAAUGCGGUAUUCCCGGAAAGUCCAGCACCCUCUGGGAGGGCGGCUUGUUCAAACUUCAAUUGAUCUUUCCUGAAGAGUACCCAACCAAGCCACCAAAAUGCAAAUUCGUCCCUCCUCUGUUUCACCCAAACGUCUACCCUUCCGGAACCGUUUGCCUUUCAAUCUUGAAUGAGGAAGAAGCAUGGCGCCCUGCGAUUACAAUCAAGGAGAUUCUCAUCGGCGUCCAAGACUUACUCGACGACCCCAACCCCGAAUCCCCAGCGCAGGCUGAAGCUUACAACCUUUUCAAGAAAGAUCGUGCCGCUUACGAAAAGAAAGUACGCCAAAUUGUCCGCGAGAAUCCAGCACCCUAA